AUUAAUGAAAAGAGAAUUUGGCAGAUGGCAGAAUUACAACUUACCUUCAUAACUGAGCAAAGAUUUAAAGAGAAAAAGAAAGGUAAACUUGUGGCGAAGGUGGACUCACCAGUCACCGUUUCUCUCUAAUCUUAUGGCCACUCCUCUGUUCCUCAGAAACUCUCUAUUCCCUCCUCUCCACCAUUCCUUUCUUUCCUUCCCCAAAUCUUCUUUCCCUUCGUUUCCCUCCUCCAUUAAAUCAAGGCCUCUAACUUCUACCAUGAUGAGAGGAAGUGAAAUAACAGAGGAAGUUUCCGAAACCAAAGAGGCAGUAAAUGUGGAUACAAAGAAGAAAACUAUAUUUGUAGCUGGAGCAACGGGUAGUACUGGGAAAAGGGUCGUUGAACAGCUACUUUCUAAGGGAUUUUCAGUCAAGGCUGGGGUUCGUGAUUUGGGGAAAGCUAAAACUUUGCUUUCUAACGACAACCCAUCUCUUCAAAUUGUGCAAGCAGAUGUGACUGAGGGAUCAGCAAAGCUAGCAGAAGCCAUUGGUGAAGAUUCAGAUGCUGUAAUAUGUGCCACUGGAUUUCGACCAGGAUGGGACUUAUUUGCUCCUUGGAAGGUUGAUAACUUUGGCACGGUAAACCUCGUCGAAGCAUGCCGAAAACUUGGUGUGAACCGAUUCAUUCUUAUCAGCUCAAUUUUGGUCAAUGGAGCUGCAAUGGGGCAGGUUUUUAAUCCCGCUUAUAUUUUUCUCAAUGUUUUCGGACUCACCUUGAUAGCAAAACUCCAGGCUGAGCAAUAUAUCAGGAAAUCUGGGAUUAACUACACAAUCAUAAGGCCUGGCGGGUUGAGAAAUGAUCCGCCAACCGGAAAUGUUGUGAUGGAACCUGAGGACACACUUAUUGAAGGAAGCAUAUCCAGGGACCAAGUUGCAGAGGUUGCAGUGGAGUCAUUGGUUCAUCCUGAAUCAUGUUUCAAAGUAGUGGAGAUUGUUUCUCGUACUGAUGCUCCCAAACGUUCUUACAAGGAUCUUUUUGGUUCCAUAAAACUAACAUAACAUUGUUGUUUCCUUCAAUUUUGGGAGAACAUAUUUUUUACCAAACCAGACAAUAUCCUGUAACUUCUCACAAUUGGUAUUGAAGUAAUCACGAGUUAAAUUGUAAGAACCAAA